UUGGCUGCUGCCUCCCGAAGGAGGCUGCGGGGCGGCGGUCGUUGGCUUGGGAGUGACACCAAGGUGACUGAAGGGAGGCUCUAUAUAAAUGACUGGCGCAGUGCUAAAACCAUCCCAGAAGAAGAAGAAGGACGAAGAGGGCCUCAUCCAGAGUCUCUUCGGCUGCCGCGUGACCCGCUUCACUUGCCGGCGCACGACCACGGGGCCUCCGCAGCGAGCGAUGACUGCUGCGGCGCAGCUCGCGAGCUGGACGGAGUACCAGGAGGACCUGGCCCUGCUGCAGCAACGCAACCACGUCACCUCCAAGGCGUGGAUCUCAUCCAAUUCCCUCCACGCGUUCCCGAGGAGGGAGGCGCACGGAGCCGCGGACGCGGGCUUCUCUCUGGAGAAACCCGCGCCGACGAGUGGACGUCCCGACUGCGCGCCGGCCGCGUGCGUCACGGACACGGACUCUGACCAGGCGGCAGCGGCGGCGGAUGGAGGAGGAGGAGGAGCGGGGGGCAAGGUGAGCCGCUUUGGCCCCCACAAACCAAGGCGCGUGGCGGCCAACGCCAGGGAGAGGAGGAGGAUGCACGGCCUGAACAAAGCGUUUGACGAGCUGAGGAGCGUCAUCCCGUCGCUGGAGAACGAGAGGAAGUUGUCCAAGUACGACACCUUACAAAUGGCGCAGAUCUACAUCAACGAGCUGUCGGAGCUGCUGACCGGCGUGGCCCACCAAGAGGGCGUCAGUCCACGUCCGGCCUCCGCGGACAAGGCCUCCAGGAGGGACCUGUUGACCGGAGAGCAGAGGGACCCCCCCUCCUCCACCGUCAGCCACCUCAUAAUAUUCGGAGCUCCAUCCGACCUGGAUUCAAAUCAUUCAAUGAGUUCGUCCAACAACAGCGAUGGGGAAUCCUCGCACCUCAGUGACAUGGAGGAGAGUCUGAGUGGAAGACAGUGACGGAGAACCACUGACCUAAAUGGCAGUGAGAUGAAUGUAAUGGGAAUCACACAAAUCAUCAUCCAAGAUCUUGCAUGUUCUGCCAGUGAAAAAACAGACUGGAAUCUUGAAUUCUUUUUUUUUUUUUUU